AACCAAUCAAGAAACCUACUUUCGAUUCCGGAAGUCAUUAUAUUUAAUUGCGUUUAGUAAAUAGUAUAAAUAGACCUGCGUUUUGUUUACUAUUCAAGUUUCUAUCUGAUUUUGGUUGAGUGCUUUAAAAAAUGCAGCCAGUUGAAUUUCAAGGUAAGUUAUCGUGUUUAAAUUGAAUGAGAACAAUCAUUGGGCUCUAAUCAACUUCUUAAUCAUUAUAAUGUAGCUAAAUUGCUUAGUAAAUCAGAUGAAAAUGACUUAAACUUGAAAUGAAAAAAAUGUAGUUGUACUUUGUCUUCUUUUCUUUGUCAUUUCAUAAGGGUAAAUCAUACUGAUUGAAGUGAUUCAUAAUCAUAGACUUGUUUUUACUUCUCUUAGUUUAGGUUAGUGUCAAGUUUCAGGCUUAAGACUUGACUUAGAUUUAUAUAGCCGAAUCAUAGGGCUCAUACUCAAAAUCUCAUAGCCCAUCUGAGGCCAUCUCUCUAUUCAGCGCUCUACAUCUACGCUUCAACAUUUUUACUGAACUACUCAUGGUUUUCAUGAUGGCACAUAUCAUGUCGGCUGUGUAAAAAAAGAAGCAGUGCAAACACAUGACAUGUCUGCAAACAUGGGGAGGGGAAAAAGUUGAAAAAGAGAGAAUGUGCCAUUUUAGCAGCUACCUCCUACAGCGAGAAACGAAAAUAGAAAUAAACAAAACGUUUAAAUUUAAUGAAACAAUUUCAGCCAGUACAUUAAUUUCAUGACAAAUGUAGCAACUUUAUACUAGAUAUGUUGCAGGUAGUGUCUACGACCUGCGGUGGCUCGCUUCCCUCAGUACGGUACUUAGGUACCUCAGUACCUGCUGCACUUACACACUGUGGUACAAAAAGUGUAAAAUGACGAAAAACAAUACAAAAUAUUUUUAAAAAAUGAAAACCCAACUUAUAGUUUCAUAGAAUACACUUUUACACACUUUAUUGCAGAUUCCAACAAAAAUAAAAUUCAAAAUUUGUCAUAACAAUAAAUACUAUACAAUACGACACUAUACGAUACUGUAUACCAAUUUCACAAAUUCUGAAAAAUUUAAAUAUUAUACCACCCAAUUAAAUUAUAAUUUGAAACAUUCCAUCCGUGCAUUAAUAUUUUAAAAAUAAAAGUUGACUCUAGUAAUACUCCAAGAAUUUAAGUCUGGCUAAUUUAACAACCAUCAGUGAUUCAUCAGUCAUUAUCAUAUUCAUUUAUUUUAUAUAUAGGACUACCUAAGUGAUUAGUCCAUGCCUAGCUUAAUUAAUCAAUAAAAUAGUCCAUUCCUUAUGAUGUCGAAAAGUACUUGUAAAUCUCCUGUCUUUUCAUGAGGUUUUUAGUGUUGAUCUAUUACAUGCUAAAUGAUGACUACCAUAUUUUUGCGCAUAUAAGAUGCACCCAAAUACAAGAAUUGUGUAAAAAAUAUUUUACAUGAGGCGCAUCCCUAUUUAAGACACACCCAUCUAUAAGACGUGAGUUUUGAGGGUUUGUGUAAACAAAAAUACGUAAGAGGAACGCGGCCAAGCUCUCAGCUGCACUGAGCAAUUCAUAUCCAGUGGUUUUAUUUCCUUUAUCAUAAAUGAAAAUUUAUCCAAUGCUUCUUCACCCAUCGGGUGUAAACAAGGCUUCAUCACCAUUUUUAGGUUAGAUCAAAGAAUUGUCUGAGGCAGGACCGCAGUGUUUAUUUUUUAUUCUUAUCUGCCACCAUGCCAAUAGCGGUUGGGUUGAGUACCUGGUAUCUAGAUUCCAGCAACAAUAAGCGCCAGAAGUAAAGGCAGCUUCAUUGAUUUACUAGGCCAAGCCUUCAGCGAGUGGGAUUAGUAUCGUAUAUAGACCAAUAAAUGCCAGAUGUAUGUGGUUAGCAUAUAUAAACAUGGGAAUAGUCUCUUGUUACCGAUGUAUAUAAAUGAAGCACACCUAAUAAUAAGACGCACACAUAUAUAAGACACACCCUGGGUGCGGGAUAUGUAAAACUUUGUAUAAGACACGUCUUAUAUAAACAAAAAUAGGGUACUUGAGUGGGUUAUUUCAGUUUAUGGGCACUUGAUACCUAACCAUGUAUCUGAGGGAUUCGCUAAAGUUUAUCUGUUCCCCUAUUAACAUUAUGUAUAACAUAAAAUGGCGGAUUUGGAAAUUAAAGCAGUGCUCAACAUGAUCUGUGAAAUCUCUUUACCAUACAAUCAUAAUUUACCAAUCUAAUUAUAAUAUAUCUUUAAAUGCAUUUAUUGUACAAAUGAUACUUUUUGUGAAAUUAUUCAAAUGUUUUGAGGAGAAGUAGUAAAAUAAAUUCUUAAUUCUUUUUAAGCAAGUACAAGUUAGUACAGUAGCACUAGUAAGGCUAUGUAAUUACAUAUAAUUUAUUUUAUUUAGGUCAUAUAUUUAUAUUAUUUAUGUCAUGUGCAUAGUUUUAUGUUAUUCUUGUAAAAUGGUCGCCCAAAAUAAUAUUCUUAGUCUAAAGAGAACUAUGAAGUGUUUCAAUUAAGGCCUGAGUAAUCAGCAAAAAGUACAUCUUAUUUCAAAUUUUAUUUAAUUUUUAUAAUUUAUUAAUUUAAUCUAAUGGAGAUUUGGUUGUAACAUGUAGAAAAUCAUUUUUGAUUUAAACUAUACUCUUUUAAAACUUGUGAUAUUUUUCCAGGUUAUAUUGCAAAAUUUGGCAAGUCAUCAGACAACCUUCGAACCGUAUGUAAAAAAUGUGGUUUCGGUAAGCUCAGGCUAUGACUUAUUUUUAUUUUUUAACGGCCGUUUUUUAUUCCCCCCCCCCCCCAAGUGGUAGAAUCCAUUUCCCCCUCCACUCCCGAGACCUUUGGAGUUGUUUAAUUCUGUAAGUGGUGACCUGCCAGUCAUGGUAUUGGUGUUUGAUUAUGCGUAGAUGCCUCUGGUAUUAAACUUUAAUUUCACUAUAAUGAUUAAAAAAUAAUUAUGAUAAAAUACAAAAUUUUAUAUUCAAACUAUUUGUUUCCAGUUUAAUUUCUGUGAUAACUUGAAUUAGCUCUUAGGGUUGCUAAAUCAAGGAAUAUUUUAACUGAAUUAGCUCUUAGGGGGCUAAAUCAAGGAAUAUGUUAACUGAAGUGUGUUUCAAAAACAUUUUAUUAUUUGAUAAAGCUCUAUUAAAAAAUUGUAUUUUCAGCUGGUCAUUUGACUUAUCAGUGCAGAAAUUUUUUAAAAGCUGAUCCAAGCAAAGAGGUAGUGUUGGAUGUCAGCAGCACUAGUUCAGACUCUGACAAUGAACCAUUUGUAUCACCAUUAACAAACUUAAACCAAGGUAUAGUAUAAUCAGGGUUAAAUCUAAAACUUAAAAAAUGCAAAUUCAGUAUGGCUAUAAUAACUUUUCAAUUAAUUAAUUUUAUUCAUCUCCUAUGACAAAAAACAAAGUAGUUCAAGAUUCAAAUAUGUGUAAUAAGCCAAUGCUAGUUUUAAUGUUGCAGUAGUAUUUAUAUUUGUUCUUUUCACAAUGUAGUUUGACCAAGUUAUUUUAUUGAAUCAUUGGCUUCUGCCAUAAAUCAUUUCCCAUAACCUGUAACUUUUUUUUUUAAAGAUGAGGCUAAAGCAAAUUUUGAAGCUCAGAAGGAGGAAACCCAUAAAAAGAAAAGAUCCAGAAGGUGUGUAAAAAAUUUCCUUUUAUGGUGAACCAGUAUAGCAAUAAGCUCAAAAACUAAGUGUAAUCUCACAUAUAAUUGAUGUCUGCACAGGCUAGUCAUUCAGACCCAAUGGUCAGCACUGAAGAGAUACCACGACCAGAGUCUGUGAAGUAAGACCAGUGAGACUCUGUAAUCAAUUUAGAAAUAUAAUUAAAUUUAUGCUUAUAUUGUAUUUAUCUUCUGUGACCAUUGCAUCAUUAUUAUGAUUGGCAUGAAUUGAACUUGCAGCGCUUAAUUACUUUCUUUGACAUCAGUGAUCCUUGAGAUGUCUGUUUGCUGUGCUCUGUAUAAUGGAGAUCAUACCAACUGAUAUAGAACUUACUUGCUGGCCUUUCACUAUAUACAUAUGCAGUGUUGUUUUGAUAAACCUAAUUAUGAAAGACAUUUCUUUUUAUUAAGUUUAUUGUGCUCAAGUUUCAAAGAUAUUAAAAUAUCCUAUAUGCUGUACAAUGUGUUGCCUUGUAAAAUUAAAAGUAUUACCAAUAUGUGGAAUCAAUAUGGUAAUAGUUAGUUUUUAAUGGCUGGUAUUGUCAAAUUAAAAUUUUAUCUAUGUGUUUUCUAUCUUUAUGUAGUCAUGAAUCAAAAAAAAGAAAACGAAGCAAGUCCAAGAAAGACAUGAAGAAAAAGAAACAUAAAAAAUCCAGAUCCUCUGAUUCAGAGAGUAGCAUAAGUCAUGAAGAAACCAGAAAAACAAAAAAGAAAAAGCACAAACAUAGAACUGAUAAGUCAGACAGCAGUGAUGAAGGUUCAGAUGUCUCCAGCGAUGAGAAUAGUCACAAAAAGGUGAAGAAACACAAGAGAAGAAGGAAACACAGGCAUUCGGAGAAGGUUGAUAGAUCAAAGGGGGAAAAUAAUAAAGCAUACAGUAAUGAGGAUAUCAGUAGCAGCUCUGAUGAAGAUUCAGACUCUGAUAGCAGUAGCAGGGAGACAAGGAAGAAAAAGAAAAAACGAAAACAUAGAUAGAUAAUGAGUUACUAGAUAUGAAAACUUUAUGUGCAUGAAUAUUUUAGCACUGAACCAGUACUCACUUUUUUACAACUUGGCCAUUUUCAUUUACCAAAUGGUUAAAAAAAAAUCACUAUGUCCAAAUGUUAACUUAUGGUAAGUGGAACAGUCCUAACAAUAAUUGCUCAAGUUGUUAUGUCAAGAAAAAAGAUUGUUUUUUAAUGUUAAAGUGUUAAGUAAUGGUGUACCUUUACAAGGGUAGAAAAAAUAUGUACACAUUUUUUAGAACAGAGUGGGAAAAUUCAUGUGCUCUGUAGAAAAUAUUGAGGCACAAUGUGGACCUGGCAAUAUAUAAUUGUUCAUUCCUUUAAUUCUAUAUUUCAGCUUGGAUUCUAAGAUGCUCUUUCUUUUCCAGUAAUAUUUACUGUUUCAAAUCACAUUUAUUGUUUGAUUUGUUUAUGAGCUGAAAUAUUUACAUUAAUGACAUAAGUUGCCUUGUUAUUGGUUACUAGUUUAAAGUAAUUCUGGUUAACCGUUAAUCGGAUUAAAUAUUUCAUUGUUUUUCAAUAGAACAUUCUAAAAUUUCUUGAUGGGUUUAAUCAAUGAUAUUUUUACAUUCUUUUUAAUAAGUAUGAAGCGGAAUGUGGACACAAUGGUAUUGCUACAAAAUAUUCUGUUACAGGACAUAUAUUUGUUGUUUUUUUUUUUUUACUGAUUCAAAGCUAAUAAUUGGAACUGGAGUGAAUUUUUUUUUUAAAUUGAGCAAAUAUAUUCAACUCUGGGAAAUAACCUAUGUAAAUGGUAUUGCUACAAAAUAUUCUGUUACAGGACAUAUAUUUGUUGUUUUUUUUUUUUUUACUGAUUCAAAGCUAAUAAUUGGAACUGGAGUGAUUUUUUUUUUUAAAUUGAGCAAAUAUAUUCAACUCUGGGAAAUAACCUAUGUGGGUGUCAAUGAAUUAUCAAUGAAGUUUUAAGUUUGAAAUGGAUUGGAUUUGAAAGUUUUAUUUCAAAAUGAAUGUUUGGUGGUGCUUUUAGAAAAUUUACUGAUCACAUUUAAGGAAAGGUAAAAAAUUCAAUGUGCCUUUCUCACAUUUUUUUGUUUAGACCCUUAGUUUAUGAAAGUUAUUAAAUGUACCUUAUGUACUGAUACAUAAUAUUUCCCAUAAUGUGGCUGGAAUUUCUUUUAAUGACCUAAUGUCCUGUAAAAAAAAUAAUAAAGAUUAAUAUUUUGACAAAA